AAAUCUUCACUUCAUAAUUUUGACCCAUCAAACUUCCCGCUACCGUAAUGAUUACAUAAACAAAACUCAUAUUGACAAAUGACAGCCCGUGAUGACUUUCCCAUCUUUCAUCCAUGCAACGAAUAUCUCUUGCAGAACAGAUCGCUCAGCUUGAGGACGCUGCUCCUGUAGACUUUGACCCAGAAAACGAAGUCACAAGCCAUGAUCCGGAAAAUGAUGAUAUCCCAGAUAACACCAGCGGUGCACGCGAUCAUUAUAUUGACGUCGGGCCCUCUGCGUUGCGCAAAUUGCAGGAUAGCAUAGCUGACCCAAAAUAUGAUGGCGUAAAGACAUCUCGCAGGCAAUUGAUGGAAUAUGACGAUGCCGACUAUGGCGACGACGAAACCAGCAGCGAAAUGGAGCACGAUGAAGAUGAAACGCAAGAAUUAGACGACGAAGUUCCAUCUUCUCAAAGUGAACCAGAGACCGAAUCAGACGUACCGACAGUGAUUCCUGGUACAGCUGUAUCCAAAAGCACGACUUUGUCUGAAGAGGCAAAGCAUACCGAGAAUCUUUCCUCAACAUUACGCAAAACGCGUGAUGAGGAUCGUAAAAAAGGGAAGGCCGUUUCGAAGCAAAUUGCACUUUGGGACUCGCUACUUGACGCACGCAUCCGUCUGCAGAGGGCAGUUUCUGCAGGAAAUCGGCUCCCACCGCUUACAGAUUACAACGACGUCCAGCCAUCAUUAGUAAAGAUGCUGGCAGAGGCACAGCUUCUGUCCGAUGAAUUGUUUGACCUGCAGGAGGAAUUACUGUCCACUAAUGAGGCAAUCGCUCCUCCUCCUCGCAAGCGGCGUAAAACUGAUGACGUGAGAACUGCACAAGAUUUUGCUUCAGAAUUUCGAGAAGCCACGCAGGUAGCUGCCUCCGUGGAGCAUAUUUUUCAUCCUCAUCUUAUCCAGACUUUGAACAAGUGGUCAAGCAAAAUUCAAGCAGUUGCCCCCUCUGUGCUACUGCCUUCCAAUCGUAAUGCAUUUUCAAAAUCAUCGCAAGGAUUGAAGUCCGCUUCUCAACUCGUCGAUGAAACACUUGUGGAUCAUGACAAGGUUCUGCAGCGGACAAGAAUCUAUCGAGGUAAGGGAUCUCGGAUAGGGGCUGAUAAAGGCGACGGAGGGGACGCCGAGGAGGAUCGAGGUGAUCUAGAGUUGUUCGACGAUACGGAUUUCUAUCACCAACUACUGCGAGACGUCAUUGAUGCCCGCGGAAAUGGAGGCAGCGAGGAUUGGAUGGAAGUUCAAAAGCAGAAAAAGGCCAAGAAGCACGUCGAUACCAAGGCCAGCAAAGGUCGCAAGUUACGGUAUGAGGUACACGACAAGAUUCAAAACUUCAUGGUUCCAGUCAUAACACAGGCCAGCUGGCACGAGGAGCAGAUUGACGAGUUGUUUGCUUCUUUGCUUGGGAAAGGAUUUGAGAAUUCUAUGCAAAGCGUGGACGAUGGGAUGGAUGAAGAUGCCUCGAUGAGGGAACAGAUUGAUGCCGCGCUGAAGAGCGGCUUCAGAGUCUUUGGGUAGUCCACUAUAUACUCGUAGUUGUGUGUUACAUUCUGCCAUUCCAGUCUGCAAUAUAGCUAGCAUUGCAUUUGA